AUGGCUCUCUCCGCUGCCGAACUCCAGAAGCGUCACCAGCUCGAGGGUGCGCCGGACCCGUUCCCCUCGUUGGGCGGUGCUCCCUCGCCUGCCCGCCCCACUGCCGCCUCCAAGGCGUCCGGUUCGAACACUCCCAACACGAACGGCAUCGAUGCCUCGUCCACGGAGAUGUUCCCUUCUCUCGGCUCGUCGGCCGCUGCCCCCGCUCCCGCCAAGGCUGCUCCUGCUCUGUCUGCCUGGGCGUCCAAGCCCGCUAUCAAGGCCGGUGCGCUCAAGAAGUCCGCCGCCCCCGGCGGUCUCGGUCGCCAGGGCCACGCCACUGCCGGCUCGCACCCGUACACUGAGACGUUCUCGAUUCCCGCCAACGAGCUCGCGACCGGCAAAGUCGUCCAGGACACCAUGAAGAAGGUCCAGGAGCAGACUGGCGCCGUCGUCGAGUCGUCGACCCAGAUGUCGACCGGCCUCAAGCAGUUCCAUGUCAAGGCUUCGGACCCCAAGCGUCUCGCGCUCGCCCGCCAGAUCAUCGAGCGCGGCCUUAGCAAGCCCGUCGUUCUCGAGGUCGAGGUCCCCAUCACUACUAUCGGCACUAUCAUCGGCCCCAAGGGUGCUACGCUCAAGUCCAUCACUGACGCUACCUCCACCAAGAUCGACAUCCCCCGCCGCGACUCGCUCCCCGCCUGGGACCCCCGCGAGCACCAGGACGACGACGACGACUCGGACAACGAGGACGAGGAGCCCCAGGUUACGAUCACCAUUGCCGGAACGGGCGCUGCUGCCAAGGACGCCCGUGACAAGAUUUACGCUCUGAUUUCGCACAAGAUCGGCCAGGGCUCGUCAACGAUCAAGAACAUCCCGUCCAAGUACUUCCCCUUCAUUGCUGGCCCGCGCGGCGCCAACGCGCGCAAGCUCGAGGAGGAGAUCGGCGAGGGCGAGGUCAAGGUCCACGUCCCGCCCCCCGCCGUCUGGAAGGCUAUCCAGGAGGACGACGACGAGGACGCCGCGCCCUCAACCGCUGUCCCCAAGGAGCUCGCGAUCAAGGUCAAGGGUGACAAGGAGAAGGUCAAGCUAGUCGUUGACGAGAUCCAGCGCCAGUUCGAGGGCCUCGUCGACUCGCUCAAGGAGUUCGGUAUUGUCGUCCCCAAGCGCCAGCACCGUUACCUCAUUGGCGCUGCCGCCGACGACAUUCUCGAGCAGACCGGCUGUAUCAUCGACCUGCCCCCCGCCUCCGACCCCAACGAGCAGGUCAUGAUGCGCGGCCCCCAUUCUGGUCUUCUCAAGGCUAUCGAGCUCGCCAUGUCCAAGGCUGGUUCUGCCUCUGUCGAGCCCGUUGACGUCGUCGCCAUCUCCCAGGUCAACACUCCCCAGCCGUUCCCCCACGCCAAGAAGGUCGCCCGCUACCUCCAGCGCUCUUCCACGCUCAAGAACAUUGCCUCCAGCUUUGACGACAUCAAGAUCUACGCUCCCAAGCCGUCGACUGUUGACUCGACCGGCAAGGUCAUUGUCGAGAUUGUUGGUGAGAACAAGAAUGACGUCCUCAAGGCCCGUGACCAGGUUGUUGCUGCCAUCAAGUCGAUCGUCCCCGCCGCCAUUACCACGGUCAAGAUUGACCCCGCUGUUCAGCCCCUGCUCCGCGGUGCCAAGGGUGCGCGCAUCCAGCAGUUCGAGAAGGACAACAAGGUGCUUGCCAUCUUCCCCCAGAAGGACGAUGAGAACGAGGAGGUCCACAUCGUCUACACCGGCAACGACCUGCCCUCGGACAAGAAGCAGCGCGACUCCAAGCUCAAGGAGCUCGUCGGUGCUGCCGCCGACAAGCUGAACGAGCUCACGAAGAAGUUCUCGGACGUCAAGACCGAGACCCUCGACGUUGACAAGAAGUGGCACCGCGCCAUUAUCGGCACGGGCGGCACGGUCCUGAACGCGCUCAUCGGCGAGGACGGCUUCGUCACUGUCAAGGUCGGCUCUGGCUCUGGCAAGAACGGCCCCAAGGACGACACACCCGAGAGCGCCAUCAUUGUCCGCGGCCCGGCCGACGAGGUCGACCGCGUCGUUGCUUCGAUCAAGCAGAUUGUCGAGGACGCCAAGAACGACGACAUCCUGAACGGCUACACUGCCGAGUUUGACGUUGACAAGAAGUACGUCGGCCAGCUUGUCGGCUCGUCGGGCUCUGCUAUCAACAAGCUGCGCGAGACGCUUGGCGUCAAGGUCAACUUUGACGACGCGGAGGAAGCUAAGAAGAGCAAGAAGGCGCUUGUGCACUGCAAGAUUGUCGGCCGUAAGGAGGCCGUCGAGGAGGCCAAGCGCCGCCUGCAGGCGCAGAUCGAGAAGCUCGAGGACGAGGUGACUGAGAUUGUGCGCAUCAAGCCCGAGAUCCAGCCCGCCCUCAUUGGUGCUGGUGGCAAGUACGCCAUCCGUCUCGAGGAGAAGUACGGCGUCAAGCUCUCGUUCCCGCACGGCAAGGAGGGCGUCAAGCCCGACGAGGUCACGAUCCGCGGUGGUAAGAAGGGUGUUGCGGCCGCCAAGGCCGAGCUGCUCGAGGCUGCCGCGUUCGAGGCCGAGUCGCGCCAGGAGGCCAAGUUCACCGUUCCGCAGAAGGCCAUCGCCUUCAUCGUCGGCAAGGCCGGAGCCACUAUCAACGGCAUCAAGGACGACACUGGCGCGCAAAUCGACAUUGACAAGAGCUCUGACGGCGAGAAGACCUCAGUCACGGUCCGCGGCGACAAGAAGGCGAUCGCGGCCGCCAAGGCUGCCAUCCUCGACCUUGUCGAGCAGUUUGGCGACGAGGUCACGGUCAACCUCACGAUUGAGCCGAGGUUCCACCGCACCCUGAUCGGGCAGGGCGGCCAGAAGCUGCGCGAGCUGAUCGCCUCGUGCGGCGGCCCCGAGGACGCGCACAAGCAGGCCGGCCUGGUCACGUUCCCGCGCCAGGGCGACGAUGCGGACCAGGUCCGUCUCCGUGGCGACCGCAAGGUCGUGCAGAAGCUGCAGGCCGAGCUGGAGAAGGCCGUCAGUGCCCUGCGCGCGACCAAGGUCAUCGGUGUCGUGGUCCCGCAUGCGAACCACGCGUCCAAGAUUGGCCGCGGCGGCUCGGCCCUGCAGGACCUGCAGCGCCGCAGCGGUGCCGCGAUCCACUUCCCUGGUUCGAGGCAGUACAACAGUGUUGGCGAGGUUGAGAACGCGUCCGAGCUCGAAGGAGCCGAGAAGGAGGACAUUGUCAAGGUUGUCGGCACGGACGAGGCGAUUGCCAAGGCGUCCGAGUCGCUCAAGACCGCGCCCUCUGAGCGCGGGCAGCCCCGCGGCGGCCGCGGCGACCUCGCCCAGCGCCCCGUGGCCAUUCCGGCCAAGUACCACCACGCGGUGGCCGAGCAGCCGAACCUGAUCCGCUCCAUCCGCGGGGUGGGUGCGUUCCUCAACAUCCCCACUGGUCCCCCGAAGCCGUCGUACUCGACCGACGACCUGGCGGCCAAGACGGCGCGGAUCGACCUCGACGACACCGAGAGCGAGGAGGGCGCCUUCGAGCUGCGCGAGAACUACGCCUCGGGCCCCGAGGGCGAGGAGACCUGGCUCCUCCGUGCCAAGGAGGAGGACCUGGACCGCGCCGAGGCGAUCCUGCUCAAGGCGCUCGAGGCGGCCAAGAGCGCGACGCACGUGGGAUUGCUCACCGGCCUGCCGCGCAGUGCCUUCCCGCGCAUCAUUGGUAGCAAGGGCGCCACCAUCUCCCGCCUCCGUGCCGAGACGGGGGCCGACAUCACGGUCGGCAAGGACGACGACCUGAUCACGAUCACCGGCGACGAGGAGAGCGUCAGGAACGCACGCGAGGCGAUCCUCAACGUCGUCAACAGGCAGGCGAGGUACUAA